AGUAACAUCGAUUAUCCGGGCAGCUGCACCCGUCACUGCAUUUAGAAAGAAAAGAGAACUUGAUGAGAAUUUGAGAUGGAUACAGAACGCCAGAUAAAGUCUAUAAUCAGAGGCAUUAUGUGUCUGGCUGGAAUCAUUGGUAACAACUGGCUGUGCAUCAGCUCCCUGCCAAAAUCCAUUUCUCAGCUCCGAACUAACGACGCCCUAUUUGUAAACUUGGCUGUAUCCAAUCUGAUCACUAAUUACAUGGUGGACAUCCUCAACAUUUUCCAUACUGAACAGUAUUUACCACCGGGAAAGGUGUAUUGCAGCAUUCGAUUUUUCCUGCCUGAAUUCUCGGAGACCAGCAGCAUCUUGACCACCAUGUUCAUCACUAUGUACUGGCAUCAGAAGCUCGUGGGCUCUCUGAAGCGCGGAGGAGCUCCUGUGCAAAUGGACAACAUCCGCCUCAUCACCUCGCUGCUGAUAGGAAGCUGGACCUUUGCACUUGUCCUCAACAUGCCUCAUUUAUUCUUCGUCGCUGAAGACAGUGAGAACACGACUAGUACGGAAUGCAAGGAAGAGCUGCCUUCGCCCGAAGCCGAGCAGGCCUACGAGGUGGUGUACAUCACACUCGCAAAUGUGAUUCCACUUACCGGGAUUCUUUACGCAAGCAUCCAGAUCACAAUUACACUGCUGCAGAAUGAAAAGCGAAUGAAGAAAAUGAGUGCGGCAGUCAGAAAUGGAGGAAACACCUCAGCCGAGAAUAGCGGAGACAACACUAAUAAUGUAUCAGCAGUUACCAAGUCCAAGUCACAAGCCAAAUCAGGAAGUCUGGUGAGGGCCGCCAAGAGUGUGGUAGCAGUGGCCAUUUUUUUCUUAAUUUGCUGGGUAUUUCACCUCAUCGUCAGAAUUCUCAGUUCCGUCUUACCAUCCAGUGUGUUAGUGGACUUGGAGAGCUUUGUAGGAGCAUCUUAUACAUGCAUCAUCCCUUAUAUUUACCUGUAUGGUAUGCAAAAGAUGACCUGCUCCAGAGGAGCAGGACGUGUGGUAGGAGUAAUUCUGAGUGAGGAGUAA